AUGCUCUUUCCCCGUGCGCUAUGUCGGACGUGGCAGAGGGCCAGCGGGUACGAGCGCGCCGAGCCGAUGGUGGCGGCGCUGGUGGUGGCGGGGGCGGGGGCCGGCUGUACCUGGCUCUCGUCGCGCUCGGCGUCGUGUGCUCCUCCGUCGAGGCGCGCGCCACCCUCGCCCCAGCGCACUGCGCAUGCGUGCGCUCGGUGCACAUGCGCCCGUGCUCGAGUGGGGCUUUCGCUUCCUCCGCGCAUCACAAGUAGCGCGCGAUAUGCAUCGUGCAUUGACUUGCGUCACUUUCGAUGGCUACAUGAACGUAACAAUAGAUUACCUGGCCGUCAGCCGCGCGAUCUGUUGCACCAGGGCCGCGAGGGCGAGCGCUCGACGCGAGCUCCGUGCGCCGCACUCGGCGCGUCGCUCCGGCAGGACGGGUUGUCGUUUCUAGCGACUUACUGUAGUUAG